AUGAUAUUUUAAUUCAAAUUUUAUAUACCUCCUGGAUUUAGUUUCCAUAAAAGAAGUCGGAAGAAGCUCAACCCUAAAAAAACCAAGUAGAAAUACAAACAAUCAUAAAGACUCAAACCUUUAUAUGAAGUCAAACAGUUAGCCAAAUUUAAACAUCAACCAAGAGAUGCAAAUUAUUCUUUAUAUAAUGAAUCAUAAUAACAACCAGUAUAAUAAAACCCAGUAAAAAGCCAUCAUCUCUGCUUGAUAUAUAGUAGAAAUUAUUGUUCCCAAGAAUAGCUUUUAAAAAAUAGAAUUUCUCAACAUUGA